CGUGGGGGGACAUCGUCGCCUUCACGGAGAGAAGCACUUCAGCUGGACUGUUCCUGUGGCAUUGACCUUUGGAUUUUACAGUCUUGGCAGCACCAACGUCUCUCUGUGAGCACGCCAAGUUUUAUUUGGUGGUGCUCCUGGAGGAGGAAGACACAACCUUCCCCCUGGUGCCUGGGAAGGUGUUUCCAGGACUGAGGACCCCCUCUGCAGCCUUUGUUCCGGGACCCGACGGUCUGGACAUCCACCUGACAGACAUGAAGACCAUACUCCUGCUGCUGACAGCCCUCACCUUCCUAUCCGUGGAUACAUGGAUCAUGUCUCAGCCACGAAAGAAUGUGUGGGUAACCCUGGCCCAUGCCCUCAAUCAAGACCAUCUGUGCCUCUCCACCAACGCAGCAGAAGAUCCCAUGUCAACCUGCCUGGUGGGAAUUCCGUUUAAAUUGGAAGAGUAUCCAGUUUCCCUAAGAACCAUUCAAAAUGACAUCAACAAGGAACAUCCCCCUAAUACACGGGUCAACUGGGGCCUUAGUAACAGCGCUCUAACCAAAUCGUUAACCCCCUUGUGUUUUGGCAGCAAUGGGUUUACAGAUUGCCCUGUUUAGAUCAAGAACCCCAAGAAUUCGAGUUGCUGGGUUCUGCCAAAGCCAUCUUUUGUAUCCAAUUCGAUUUUCAACCUAGCCACAGAGGCUCCUAUGAAGAUGUGAAACAACACAAAAUUCAAUUUACCACCAACAGAUAGUGUCAGCACCUCGCAAAAAUAAAGGCCCCCUCCACAGAUGACUCUUACCCCCAGAAACUAGAUAAAGGCAUGUUUUUUGUUUGUGGUGAUCACACCUAUCCCGGAAUCCCCUCUCGCCCUCUCGGAGGUCUGUGCACCCUGGGGCGUCAUUCCCUCACUUCCCCCAACAUGACCCAAAUUGCAAUCCGGCAAGCAAAAAGUGAGGCAAAGGUUGCUAAAUGGGGUGCAAGUCAAUUUGAUGAACUCUGUGACACUGAAAUUCAGCAUUGGGCCAAAUCAAAAAGGGUUGCCGUCUCCGUAUUCCUAUCCUGGGUGGUGGCAGCCAAAGCAUUGAGUGAAUUGGGCAGUCUGGAAUGUUGGGUAACGAAGCAGGUGAAUUUAACAUCAACGGCCUUGAGCAACCUCCUUGAAGACGAGGGAAUAGCCAGGAAAGCUACCCUGCAAAAUCGGGCAGCUAUUGAUUUUCUGCUGCUGGCACAAGGGCAUGGAUGUCAGGAGUUGGAAGGGCACUGUUGCUUCAAUCUAUCCAGCAAGAGUCAAAGUAUCCAUGUGUCCAUCAGGGAAAUGAAAGACUUAAUAAGAAGUGUAAAACAAGAAAAUGAAGACUGGUUUAAAGAUCUGUUCAAAAACUGGGGCCUGUCAGGCUGGAUGCUUUCAGUUGUCAAAGACAUCGGGUAUUUUAUUGUCAUCAUAUUUUUGGUUUCCUUGGUUUUUGGAAUUUUAAAAAGACUAAUUUCCAAUGCCACCACCAACUCUUUGUCCUCAAGGAUCGUGGUAGCAGCCACCACCGCUGACUAGGAAUGGUGGGAAGAAGGUGCUACCAAUGGGACUGUCAACGGGACUGAAGUUUGAAAUCUAGAAUUCUACCUCUCCCCAGUUGCUUUUUUAAAUUUAUUAAACAAAAAAGGGGGAGAUGUGGUGAUUUGUUUUACAGUUGUUUUCUGUUAAUGAGUUUGUAAUAGUUUGUCCCAUGUACCCCAUUCUGUUCCCCUGAUGGUUUAGCCCUAAGUUGUUUACCUCAACCUUUUCCCGCCAAGUGCCUGUCAGUCCCUAUGUCAGUCUCCCCAGUCCCUCCUUUGUACCACCCUUGUCUCCUUAUAUGUCCAGGUCAAGCCCUAGUUCACUGUCCCCUACCCCUGCCUGUCAAGUAGAACACACCCUGGUUGUUCUGGAAAGUUCCCUGUCUGUUACCCUUGCACAGUUUCUCAUUGGACUGUUAGACCUGCUUCCUCCCCUGUGCUGCUUUCAUUGGAUCGCACCAGCUGUGUUCUCCUCCCCUAAUGUCCCCUCAUUGGAUGUGAGUUGUUUCCACCCCUUACCCUCUUCCCUCUUUAAAAUGUGAUGCCCCCUUCAUUCCUGUGUCUACGUGUCCCUGAACCCUCCUUGGGAAUAAAGUACCUUGGAAUUC